AAGCGGAAACGAGGCCGGACACGUAACUUGUGAUUGGUGGACCGUUCCGGACAAUGUGAAUGGCAGCGUUUAUUGUUCGACGUCUUCGACUACCGACGGUAGUAACUUUGUGACUCCCAGCUCGGGCUGAAGUGUGGCUUUAAUUUCCCGGAAAAAUAUCAAGCCGGUAACUGUGGUCGUUUUUAAGAAAGUCAGACGACAGUGAGUGUGUAGUUUGGAGCGUUUCGUCGCCUUUCAACGACAUUUUCUCGCCGGCGAACUGCUGUAUGUUGAUGUCAUCUGGGAUUGGAAUGGUUAACUCCCUUUUGCACGGCCAGCUAAUCUAUUUGCAUUUCAAAGGCGAAAGGAGAUUCCAUUGACUCUCUUGUUUCUUUGAAUUGCAAAGUUUGAGCCGUCUAACCCCCCGCAACAAGUCUAGACGGCUUGACUACACAAGGCCGAUCCGGGCAAGUUGGGCCGUUCGUCUCAGGCUGCUCUGAGUCAGGCUGGCGAUGGAGAUGAAGGAUCCUGAUACCCCUGACUUUGGAUCCUUGAAGGAGGAAAUGCACUACUGGAAGGAACAGGCUGCCAAGCACCAGCACAAUGCAGAGGAGGCCCGGGAGGAGCUGCAGGAGUUCCAGCAAAUGAGUCGUGACUACGAGGCCGAGCUGGAAGCAGAGCUCAAAGUUUACGAGAAGCGCAACCGUGAGCUGCUGGCCGCCAACAACCGCUUGCGAAUGGACCUGGAAAACUACAAGGAGAAGUACGGCACGCAGCACUUGGAGGCGUGCCGGCAGAUGUCGACGAUGGAGGGCGAGCUGGCCGAGGCCACGUCCAUCCGAGACCACCUGCACAAGUACAUCAGGGAGCUGGAACAGGCCAAUGACGACCUGGAGCGGGCCAAGAGGGCCACCAUCAUGUCGCUGGAAGACUUUGAGCUGCGCAUGAACCAGGCCAUCGAAAGGAACGCCUUCCUGGAGAGCGAGUUGGACGAUAAGGAGAACCUGCGCGAGUCCGUGCAGAGGCUCAAGGAUGAGGCCAGAGACCUGCGCCAGGAGCUGGCCGUACAGCAGAAGCAGCACGUACACGUGGCCAGCACCCCCAUGGAGCCUUCAUCAUUAUCAUCGUCGUCUUUAUCAUCUUCGGUCCCCGCCCCGGCCUCAUUCACCACGCCUCCCUUCACACCUCCAGUCAUAAUGCCUGCCAACACGCCCAUCAGAGUGCCCGCCACCAAAGCCCAAACGCCGUCCGUCAAUUCGGGUGACGUGAGCGCGUCAGCGAGUCCUCUGACGACGUCUGCCAGGAUUUCGGCGCUCAGCAUCGUCGGCGAGCUGCUCAGGAAAGUCGGGAAUCUGGAAUCCAAGCUGGCAUCGUGUCGCGAGUACGUCCACGAGCAGCCAGCUGGCCGCGGGCUACCCGCCGAGAAAAUCCCCAAUGCGCAGACCACCAACGGACUCUACCACAAAGGGCUGGUCAAGAGGUUGGACUUCGGAGCAGGCGCCAAACUGCUGCUGUGAGCCAUCAGAGAUUUCCAACGUCUCGGCACUUUCCCUGUGUGGCCACGUCUGUAAGAAACAACAAAACGUCCGGAGGCACUCGCACUUCAUUCAUUCACUGACUGACUAUGGUUCUUUUUUUUUUCUUUUUUGGGAGGGGGGGGCGACACUGUCUGCACUCCUGUGACAGGACAGAGGAUGCGUGACAUUUUGUUCAUAUGUGUAAAACUUUGCUCAAAAAUGGGUAUUGUAAACGUGGACACACACAUAGUUGGGGGUGCUCAGGGGCCACAAGUUGAGUUUUUUUUUUUUUUUCUCCCCAAGACCCCAUAAAAAUCAUCACACAAUGGAGGGGAAAAUGCAUUGUUAGUCAUAUUUUCAAGAGUUAAUUGUGAAUUUUUCUCAAAAAUUGUUUUUCUUAAAGUAAACACCUAAAAAAACAAACAAUAAAAAUGACAUUUGUCAGAAGAAAAACAUGCACAUUCCUCCUCCAAAAAUUAUAUAUUUUUUCAACAAAUAGCAUUGUUUUUCAAGAACCAAUUGCUUCAUUGCUUAAUAUUACAAGUUUAUUUUUCAAAAUAGUUUUUUUCCCCACAAAAGUACGUAUUUUUAUAGGAAAAAAUGUAAAAGCGGUUUCAAAUAGAUUUAUAAAAAAAAAUCUUGAGUUUUUCAAAAGUGGAAGUUUUCUGCAAAACGUCACAAUAUUAUGAGAAUAAAAGUACCUUAUUCAAUUAAAAAAGACAAUAUAGAAAGUCUUAAUUGUUCCAAAAUCUGAUUAUUUUUUUUUCCAGGAAAAGAAACUCAGGGAAGGUUUUCCCAGAAAAAUACAUUGAAAUAAAGCUACGCUGUAGUUUUGUUUUUAAUGAGAAAUGGCAUACUUAUUUUUCUUUAAGAAAAACAGUGCAAUAUUAAGUGUUCAUUACAAUUCUUCCCUCUCCCUUCAAGAAAUCGGACAAUUCUUGAAGGGAGUGGGAAGAAUUGGAAAAAGUGUUGAAAGAACAACCUUCUGAAAGUUGUUCUUGAUAAACUAACUAACCUUGGAAACCGACAACCUGGCUUUUAUUUUAUUUUCCGCGUUGUCCUAAUAUGCCUACAUAAUUAUCAACAUUAAAAGUAGUAAAACACAUUUUUUUAAUCCCUGUCCAGUCCUGUUGCUUCCAGCACCGUGUGGCCAUUUGUGGUACUGCGCUUGGAACUGCCUUCCGUCAAAGUAUUCAAAAGUUGUUUUUGAUGGAAACAUGACUGAAAUGUUGUUGAAGCUCUCUGAGAUUUGUAGCUCUUCUUUACCAGAUCAGCACUGGCUCUUGAUUAUGUUCAAUAAAGUAUUAUUUUGUUUUUCUACUUUG